GACAAAGAUCACCCGCGCUCCACUGCACCGCCCCGAGGAUGAUGGCCGUGUCUCCUGCACUGCUCCUCCUGCUCAGCUUGGGGCUCUGCUGCACCAGCACCCAGGCACAGAGGAACACAAUGGAGGCCAGGUUCCUAGACAGGAAUAUGAAGAACCCCCAAGAGGGACAGCGGCUGGAGCUGGAAUGCCUGCACUACGAGAGAAACAGACCCGUCUUCUGGAUCCGCCUGGACAAGAGUGGGAACCUUCACUUCAUUGUCUCCAGCACCCAUUCUUAUUCCACCACAUUGCGGGAGGGUGAGAAAACAUCUCCAAACUUUGAGGCAUUAUGGAGAGGAAACUCCUAUCGACUAGUCGUGAAGUCCUUCAGGGCACAGGACGAGGGGAUCUAUUACUGCAUCAACUACAUCAACCCAGUGCUGCACUUCAGCUCAGGACAACCCGCCUUCUUCCCAGUCGCAACUAAAGCGGCACCCACCACACCUGCAGCCACCACCCCCAGCAGCCAGGCCACCAAGAAGGACAACUCACAACAGGGCCUGGAUGCAGCAGAACACAUCGCACCUGCAGCCACCAUCCAGAGCAGCCAGGUCACCACAAAGGACAACUCACAACAGGACCAAGAUGCAGGAACAAGCAAUGAGAACGCACUGCAUUUCUGCUAUGAUGUGGUCAUCUGGGUUAACCUGGCUGGUGCCUGCCUCCUGCUCCUCACUGCCAUAACCAUCACCAUCACGCACUGCCAAAGAACAAGCAAGGAAAUAACACAGAAUUCCAUCUGUAAUGUUUUCCUCUGGGUUCGAGUGGCUGGCACCUGCUUCCUGAUCCUCACUACCAUAACCAUCACCAUCAUGCACUGCCAAAGACCAAGCUCACCGUAAGCAAGCAGCGCUGCAUCGCUGCUCAGCAGAAGGCACACAGGCGUCGUCCUCAAGCACCGCACGGAUCCCAUCAGCAACACACACAACGGCCCUGAUGGAGCGUGGGCAUCUGGCUGAUCAUUCUCUGCAUACCCAUCAAUCUCACACAAAACUCAGCUCUCAGACCCCAACCCACAUCUCACUCCUGAGGUCUUCCCAAUUAAACGCUUCUAAUCCUUAA